AUGAAUUUGUUUCCGGCAGGCCUGCUCGCGCUCGUCUGCGUGGGAACUGCCGUCGCUCAAAGCAACAGCCCAGCCAGCUAUAAAGUCCGGACACCGCCACUAGACACGGACUGGACUUACAAGGUGGGCACUAAUCCAUGGCCAGAGUAUCCUCGGCCUCAGCUCCAGCGUGAUGCCUGGCAAAGUCUCAAUGGUAUAUGGACGUUUCAGCCUGCCGGGGCUGGGGCAGGCGACUCCGGUAGUCCUCCGGAGGGUCCACUUCAGAGCGAGGUGCUCGUGCCGUCUUGCAUCGAGAGUGGGCUCUCGGGAUUGCAGGUCAUGAAUAUCACGGACAUGUGGUUUGCGACGAGCUUCAAUGUACCACACAGUUGGAGCGGGCAAUCUGUCAUCCUGAACUUUGAGGCCGUUGACUACCAGGCGGUGGUGUUUGUGAACGGAGCCAAGGUUGGGAACCACACCGGGGGAUAUUUUCGGUUCGCAUUGGAUAUCACCGAAUUUGUGAAGUUUGGUGAUGAGAACGAACUCAGGACUGUGUUCGUUCACGAUCCCACCGACCUGGACGUCAUUCCGAUCGGAAAGCAAACGCGGAAUCCUAGCCACAUAUUCUACAGAUCGUGCUCCGGAAUAUGGCAGUCUGUAUGGCUAGAGAAUGUGCCUUCAAACCAUAUCACACAGCUCGACGUUGCUGCGGGCAUGGAUGGAACAGUUUGCGUAACCGUUCACAGCUCGAAAAAGCAAGGAGCCGCAGCCAAAGUGUCCGUCAUCGGGCUCGACGGGCGAACUAUUGCUUCGCACAAGGGCCCAUCGGAUAAGGAGUUCACGUUCAAGGUUCAGCACCCAAAGCUUUGGUCUCCAUCUUCUCCAACUCUGUAUAACCUGACGGUGACCCUUGGCGACGAUGAGGUUUCCAGCUACACUGGAUUUCGCACAAUUUCCUCUGGCCAGGUCAAGGGGGUCCAGCGGCCACUUUUGAAUGGAGAGUUCACAUUCAUGUUCGGUACGCUCGACCAAGGGUUUUGGCCAGACGGACUAUAUGUGCCGCCCAACAAAGAAGCCCUUGUAUACGAUCUGAAGAUGCUCAAGGGUCUGGGCUUCAACACCGUCAGAAAGCAUAUCAAGGUUGAGCCGGAUUUGUUUUACCGAGCCUGCGACGAGAUGGGUCUGAUGGUCAUCCAAGACAUGCCCAGUCUGACCAACGACGGGAGUCGGCCCCCUAACCCGGACCAACAGGCGGAAUUCCAACGUCAGCUGGAAGUGCUGGUCAACGAGCACAAGAACUACCCGUCAAUUGUGACAUGGGUCAUUUACAACGAAGGAUGGGGGCAGCUCAAGGGCCCACCGUAUCCCGAAGUGAAGCUUGUGGAAGUCGUUCGCAGCAUCGACCCCACGAGGCUCAUAGACGCGACGACGGGCUGGAAUGACCACGGAGCUGGCGAUUUCUCAGACAACCACCAUUAUGCAAACCCUCAAUGCGGCACGCCCUUCUACUCCACCCCUUCAUCUCCGUACGACCCCAGCCGUAUUGGAUUCCAGGGCGAGUUUGGUGGCGUCGGCCACAACGUGUCCAUCGAACAUCUUUGGAAUGUCCAAGAGGCCAUCAACACCAUCAAUCAGACUUACGAAGUCGACGCUGAUCUAGCUACAUACAACUACCGCGCGAGCGUCCUGUUCCGCGAGUUUCUCGAGCAGGUGCAGCGCUAUGCUUGUAGCGGCGGUAUUUGGACACAGACGACCGACGUCGAAGGUGAAGUCAACGGACUAUACACGUAUGAUCGCCGAGUCUUGAGGCCAGACGCGAAGCAGUGGAAGAGCGAUAUCAAAAAGCUGUACUCCGCGGCGGCAGGUAGACGAUGA